AUGGCUGCCACAUCUCUCACUGGCCUAUUAGAUAAAUUAAAUGAUAGUCAUGCUUUACUUGAAAAGAUAAAUCAUGGUCUUCAUGUAUAUUUGGAGAAAAAACGUUUAUUUUUUCCACGAUUUUUCUUUUUAUCCAAUGAUGAAAUGUUAGAAAUAUUAUCUGAAACAAAAGAUCCAACUCGUGUACAGCCACAUUUAAAAAAAUUAUUCGAGGGUAUUGCACGAUUAGAAUUUGAUUCAAAAUUAGAUAUCCAUGCAAUGUUCUCGAGUGAAGGUGAAAAAAUUAAACUUAUUCGAUCAAUAUCAACAUCGGAGACGAAAGGUGCCGUCGAAAAAUGGUUAAUACAAGUUGAAGAAGUCAUGUUAAAAUCUGUUCGACAUGUUAUUGAACAAGCAUAUGUCGCUUAUCCACAAGAAUAUCGAGGUGAUUGGGUAACAUCAUGGCCUGGUCAAGUAGUUCUCUGUGUAUCACAAAUCUAUUGGACAACAGAAGUUCAAGAAGCUCUAACACAAGGUGUUAAAGGUUUAGCAGAUUAUUAUACAAAACUGGAAGCACAAUUAGGUGAUAUUGUCGAAUUGGUAAGAGGAAAAUUAAAUAAACAAACUCGUAUAACACUCGAAGCAUUAGUUGUCAUUGAUGUGCAUGCAAAAGAUACCGUCAAAGAUCUUGUUAAUAAACAAGUUUCAUCCGAAAACGACUUUAAUUGGUUAGCACAAUUACGUUAUUAUUGGGAAGAGGCAAAUUGUCGAGUACGAAUUACAAAUGCCACUGUCAAAUAUUGUUAUGAGUAUUUGGGUAAUACAGCACGUCUUGUUAUAACACCACUAACCGAUCGUUGUUAUCGAACAUUGAUUGGUGCUUAUCAUUUAAAUUUAAACGGGGCACCGGAAGGUCCUGCCGGUACAGGAAAAACAGAGACGACCAAAGAUUUAGCAAAAGCAUUGGCAGUUCAAUGUGUGGUGUUUAAUUGUUCUGAUACAAUGGAUUAUAUCGGAAUGGGAAAAUUUUUCAAAGGAUUAGCAUCAUCUGGUGCCUGGUCAUGUUUUGAUGAAUUCAAUCGUAUCGAUCUUGAAGUAUUAUCCGUUAUUGCACAACAAAUAUUACAAAUAAUACGUGCUAUACAAGCGAAAGUAGAUUCAUUUUCAUUUGAAGGUACAGAAAUUCGAUUAAAUGCAAACUGUUACUUAUUGUAUAUUUUAAUAUUUCUAGAUGCUGGACGUUCCGAAUUACCCGACAAUUUGAAAGUGUUGUUCAGACCUGUUGCUAUGAUGGUCCCCGAUUACGCUUUAAUAUCUGAAAUAUCGCUUUAUUCCUAUGGUUUUAUGAACGCUCGAGCGUUGAGUGUUAAAAUUGUUACUGUCUAUAAAUUAUGUUCGGAACAGUUGUCAUCACAAUAUCAUUAUGAUUAUGGUAUGCGUGCAGUUAAAAGUGUUUUAUGGGCAGCUGGUAGUUUAAAACAAAAAUAUCCAACGGAAAGUGAAGAUAUUCUAAUUUUGCGUAGUAUUAUCGAUGUUAAUUUACCAAAAUUUUUAAGUCACGAUAUUCCGUUAUUUAAUGGAAUUAUAAGUGAUUUAUUUCCGGGAGUAACAUUACCGAAACCGGACUAUGGUGAAUUUUAUGACAAUAUCAUUGAAAUCUGUACGAAAAAGAAUUUACAAGCAACUGAAGCAUUUAUGACUAAAGUAACACAAACGUAUGAAAUGAUGUUAGUCAGACAUGGUUUUAUGUUAGUUGGAGAGCCAUUUGCUCCAAAAUCGACGGUAUUACAAGUAUUAGCCGAAUCUCUAUCAUUGAUGCACACAAAAGGCCUGGAUGAAUUGAAAGUACAAUAUAAAGUAAUAAAUCCAAAAGCACAAACAAUCGGACAGUUAUACGGAAAUUUUGAUAUGGUUUCACAUGAGUGGAAUGAUGGUGUUUUAGCCAAUACAUUUCGUGAAUAUGCGAUGUCAGAGAAUCCUGAUCGAAAAUGGGUAAUAUUCGAUGGUCCUGUUGAUGCUGUUUGGAUUGAAAAUAUGAACACUGUGUUGGAUGAUAAUAAAAAACUUUGCUUAACAAGUGGUGAAAUAAUACAAAUGUCAAAUGUUAUGAGUAUGAUAUUCGAAGUAAUGGAUCUUUCACAAGCAUCGCCCGCAACCGUUUCUCGUUGUGGUAUGAUUUAUCUUGAACCGCGUGUUUUGGGCUGGAAACCAUUGGUUGAAUCAUGGUUGAAUGGUGAAAUUGCUGAACCAUUGAAAAUGUAUCGUAAUGAAAUAGCAGCACUAUUUGAUUAUCUUGUACCGCAAUGCUUAGAACAUGUACGAAAAGUAACAAAAGAAUUAUCACCAACUGGUGAUUCGAAUUUGGUUCGUUCAAUGAUGAACUGGAUUAAUGUUUGUAUGCGUGAUGCAUUAAAAGAAGAAGAAGAACCAGAAAAAAACAAAAAUGUUCGUUCAUGGGUAAUAUACACAACGAUAUGGGCAGCCAUUUGGAGUAUUGGUGCUACCAGUGAUACAGAUAGUCGUAUUAAAUUCGAUGUAUUCUUUCGUGAUGUUCUUCGGGCAAAAUUUGAACCAAUACCGGAUAUAUUCGGAGGAAAAUUUGAUCUACAAAUACCAGAGAAAGGCAUUGUACAUGAUUAUUAUUUUGGCUACAAAAAUCGUGGUGACUGGUUUCCAUUUGAAAAUUUGUUGCGUGUAGCCGAAGCUGCAGGUGCAACAGCACAAACAAAUAUGAAAAAUAUUCGACGUUAUAUUGUGCCCACUGUCGAUACAGCUCGUAUUAAUUUUAUGCUUGAUUUAGUUACACCAAGUCGAAAACCAGUAUUAUUUGUUGGACCAACUGGUACUGGAAAGAGUGUUUAUGUACAAAAUUACUUGAUGAACAAACUUGAUAAAGACCAGUAUAUGGCAUUUUUCAUUAAUUUUAGUGCGCAAACUUCUCAUAAUCAAGUUCAGGAUAUAAUUAUGUCUCGUUUGGAUCGUCGUCGUAAAGGUGUAUUUGGUCCGCCAAUGAUGAGAAAAGCAGUAUUCUUUGUCGAUGAUAUGAACAUGCCACAACGAGACAAAUAUGGUGCUCAAGGUCCAAUUGAACUUUUACGACAGUAUAUGGAUCAUGGAAAUUGGUACGAUCGAAAAGACACCACAAAAAUUGUUCUAGAAGAUAUUCAAUUUGUCGCCGCCAUGGGUCCUGCUGGAGGUGGUCGAAAUAUUGUUACUGCACGCUUCUUACGCCAUUUUAUGACAAUAGCGAUUAAUCCAUUUACAGAUGAAACAUUGACGAAAAUAUUCUCUACACUUAUUUCGGUUUAUAUUCGGAGUCAAGAAUUUACAUCCGAUUUUUUAACAAUUGGAAAUCAAAUUGUUCAAGCAACAUUACAAAUAUAUACGGCUGCGGCUGAAAAUCUUUUACCUACCCCAGCAAAAAGUCAUUAUAUUUUUAAUUUGAGAGAUUUUUCAAGAGUUAUACUUGGAUGUUGUCUAAUAAGAAAGAAUGAAGUUGAAUCAAAACGAACAUUUAUCAGAUUAUGGGUUCAUGAAACAAUGCGUGUAUUUUACGAUCGUCUAAUCGAUGAUAAAGAUCGAACAUGGUUAACUGAGGCGGUUAAAACUUGUGUCAAAGAUAUAUUUAAAGAAAAUUUUGACACUGUCUUUGAACAUUUGGCUAACAAUGGUAAAGGAAGUGGAAAGGUUUCCGAAGAAGAUUUGAGAAGUUUAUUGUUCGGAGAUUAUAUGCAUCCCGAUGUUGAGCAAGAUGAACGAUUUUAUGAAGAAAUUAAAAUUAUUGAUACAAUGUAUUCUGUUGCUGAACGUGCUAUUGAAGAAUAUAAUAGUACACAUAAAAAUAAGAUGAAUUUAGUUGUAUUCAGAUACGUUUUGGAACAUUUAUCACGUAUUUGUCGUAUACUUCGUUUGCCUGGUGGAAAUGCAUUGUUGGUCGGUGUCGGUGGAUCGGGACGACAGUCAUUGACACGAUUAGCAGCAGCUAUGGCCAAUUACGAUAUUCAUCAACCUGAAAUAACAAAAAAUUAUGGUGUGAUCGAAUUUCGAGAAGAUUGUAAAAAAAUAAUGAAAAUGACUGGUGCACAAAACAAACCAACAGUGUUUCUAUUAACUGAUUCACAAAUAAAAGAUGAACGAUUUCUAGAAGAUAUUGAUUCAUUAUUGAAUACAGGCGAAGUACCAAAUUUAUUUCCAGCUGAUGAACGUGGUGAAAUUAUGGAAGCUGUUGCUGGUGCUGCAGCAGCAUCACAAACCGAUGGUGAUAAAAAUGUUGAUUUUGGUCCAUUAGCAUUAUUUCAAUUUUUUGUUAAUCGUGUUCGAGAUAAUUUACAUAUUGUUCUCGCAUUUAGUCCAAUUGGUGAUGCAUUUCGAAAUCGAUUACGUCAAUUUCCAUCAUUAAUUAAUUGUUGUACAAUUGAUUGGUUUCAACCAUGGCCAGAAGAUGCUUUAGAACGUGUAGCAAAAAAAUUUCUUGAACAAGUUGAUAUUAAAGAUACUGAAAAAGAUGCUUGUGUAGAAAUUGUCAAAUAUUUUCAUACAUCCACACAAAAAUUAUCCGAAAAAUUUCUUCAAAAAUUACAACGUUACAAUUAUGUAACACCAACAUCUUAUUUACAAGCAAUUAGUGGUUUUAAAACAUUAAUUACAUCGAAACAAAAUGAAAUAAUGGCAGCUAAAAAACGUUAUGUUAAAGGUUUAGAACAAUUAGCAUUUGCUGAAACACAAGUGGGUAAAAUGAGAAGUGAAUUAGAAGAUUUACAACCAAAAUUAAAACAGAGUGCCGAAGAAACAGCUGCCAUGUUAAUUGAUAUUGAAGUGAAAUCACGAGAAGCUGAAGAAACACGAAAAGUUGUUGUGGCAGAAGAAUCUGUUGUUAAUGCAAAAGCAUCGGAUGCCAAUAAGUUGAAAGAAGAAUGUGAACAUGAUCUGUCGGCUGCUUUACCUGCACUCCAAGCGGCAAUCAAUGCUCUCGACACACUGAAAGCGAGCGACAUAACAGAAAUUCGAACAAUGCAAAAUCCAACUGCUGUAGUGCGAAAAGUAUUAGCUGCUGUGUGCGUACUUACUGGUCGACCACCGGAAAAAAAGUCCGAUCCGAAUAAUCCCGGAAAAAAAAUUAUUGAUUUUUGGCCCACUGCCCGACGUGCCUUAGGUGAAAUGAACUUUAUAAAUACCCUGAAAGAGUUUGAUAAAGAUCAUAUACCGGCCGAACGUAUGAAAGAAAUUCGUGAGGUGUACAUGAUAGAUGCUGAUCUUGAACCAGCUCGUGUUCAACAAGCAUCCGUGGCGGCACAUGGUAUUGUUUUAUUUAUUCGAGCUAUGGAUGUUUAUGAUAAAAUUGCCAAAGAAGUUGCACCAAAAAAAGCUCGCCUCGAAGAAGUUGAUCGUGAAGUUCAAGAAUUAGAAACAAUAUUAGCUGCAAAACGUAAACAAUUGAAAGAAGUCGAAGAUCGACUCCAACGUUUACAAGAAGAUCUUGAUACUGCUCAAAAACGUAAAGCUCAAUUAGAAUUUGAAGUUGAUUUAUGUGGAAAAAAACUUGUACGUGCACAAAAACUCAUUAGUGGUCUAGGUGGUGAAAAAGCUCGUUGGACAGCAGCAGCAGAAAAUUUACAAAAAAUUUAUGAUAAUUUACUGGGCGAUGUUCUUGUAUCGUCAGGCGUUAUCGGAUAUCUUGGAGCAUUUACUGGAGCAUUUCGAGAUGAAGCAACGCAUGCAUGGAUUACUUUAUGUAAAAAGAAAAAAUUACCAUGUUCUGAUGCAGAAAAAUAUUCGUUAGCAAAUACAUUGGGUGAACCAAUAAAAAUUCAAGCUUGGAACAUAGCUGGAUUACCAAAAGAUAGUUUUUCAGUUGAUAAUGCUGUUACUAUUCAAAAUUCAAACCGUUGGCCAUUGAUGAUUGAUCCACAAAAUCAAGCAAAUCGUUGGAUUAAAAAUUCAUAUGGUCAACUAGGUUUAAAAGUUGUCAAACUAACUGAUACUGACUUUAUGAGACAAUUGGACAAUGCAAUUCAACUAGGUUAUCCAUUGAUGAUUGAAAAUGUGGGAGAAGAACUAGAUCCGUCGCUAGAGCCUAUAUUAUUAAAACAAAUAUUCAAACAAGCCGGUGUGGAGAUGAUUCGUCUUGGUGAUAAAGUUGUUGAAUAUUCAAAAGAUUUUAAAUUAUUUAUAACCACAAAAUUACGUAAUCCACAUUAUUUGCCAGAAAUAUCUACAAAAGUAACAUUAUUAAAUUUUAUGAUUACAUCCGAAGGUUUACAAGAUCAGCUAUUAGGUAUUGUUGUGGCUAAAGAACGUCCAGAAUUAGAAGAAGAACGUCAAGCAUUAAUUAUUACUCAAGCAGAAAAUCAACGUUUGCUGAAAGAAGCUGAAGAUAAAAUAUUGUAUACAUUGAGUUCAUCUGAAGGAAAUAUUUUAGAAGAUGAAGCAGCCAUUGAAACAUUAGAUUCAUCAAAAUUGAUCUCAGAUGAAAUAUCAAAAAAACAAAAGGUUGCUGAAGAAACAGCGAAAAAAAUAGAAUCAUCUCGACAAGAUUAUAAACCGAUUGCCGAAUAUUCAGCAAUAUUAUUCUUUUGUUUAAAUGAUCUGCCAAAUAUUGAUCCUAUGUAUCAAUAUUCAUUACAAUGGUUUAUCAAUCUUUAUCAAUUAUCAAUUACUGAUAGUUUAAAAUCAAAAAUUCUUGCACGUCGUCUCAAAAAUCUUCAAGAUCAUUUUACCUACAAUUUAUAUAGUAAUGUUUGUCGAUCAUUGUUCGAAAAAGAUAAACUUUUAUUCUCAUUUAUAUUGUGUACUAGUAUUAUGCUUGCUCGACAUGAACUCGAUCGUAAUGAGUAUGUUUUCUUUUUAACCGGCGGUAUUGGAUUAGAAAAUAAACUAAAAAAUCCAAGUAGUGGUUGGUUAUCAGAUAAAAGUUGGGAUGAGUUAUGUCGAUUGGCUGAUUUACCAAAAUUUAACGGAUUACGUGAAAGUUUUACAGAAAAUAUUGAUGCAUUCAAAAUCAUUUAUGAAAGUAAAGAACCGUAUGCAGUUGAAUUACCGGCACCAUGGAAUGAAAAACUUGAACAAUUUCAAAAAAUUGUUUUGGUACGUGUUAUUCGUCCAGAUAAAGUUGUACAAAUGGUUAUCGAAUUUGUUAAACGAAAUUUGGGACAAAAAUUUGUUGAACCACCACCAUUUGAUUUGGCUAAAUCAUAUGCGGAUUCAAAUUGUCUUGCACCAUUAAUAUUUAUUUUGAGUCCAGGUGCCGAUCCCAUGGCACAAUUAUUAAAAUUUGCACAAGAUAAAGGUUUUGAUGGAGCAAAAUUUAAUGCAAUUUCUCUUGGUCAAGGACAGGGUGUCAUAGCUGCACGAUUAAUAGCUGAUGCUCAAAUGUCAGGCACAUGGGUCUGUUUACAAAAUUGUCAUCUCGCAGUUUCAUGGAUGUCAGCUUUGGAAAAGAUUUGUGAAGAUUUUCAACCCGAUAAAACCAAUCCAGAAUUUCGAUUAUGGCUCACAAGUUAUCCAUCACCAAAAUUUCCGGUUACAAUUCUUCAAAAUGGUGUUAAAAUGACAAAUGAACCACCUACCGGUUUGAGAAUGAAUCUAUUACAAUCAUAUUUAAAUGAUCCAAUAUCAGAUCCUAGUUUUUUUAAUAAAAUUGAUGAAGGAAAAGAUCUUCCUUGGGAACGUCUUCUGUUUGGUUUAUGCUUUUUUCAUGCACUUAUUCAAGAACGAAGAAAAUUUGGUUCACAAGGCUUCAAUAUUCCAUAUGGUUUCAAUGAAUCUGAUCUACGAAUUAGUAUUCGUCAAUUACAAAUGUUUAUUAAUGAGUAUGCUGAUGUGCCUUAUGAUGCUAUUAAAUAUAUGGCCGGGGAAUGUAACUACGGUGGUCGUGUAACGGAUGAUUGGGAUCGUCGUUGUUUAGGAACUUUAUUAGCUGAUUUUUAUAAUUCAAACGUAGCAGAAGUUCCCAAACAUAAAUUAUCACCAAGUGGCAAUUAUUAUGUACCACCUAAAGGAACAUAUGAUGAAUAUGUUGAAUUUAUUAAAAGUCUUCCAUUGACACAACAACCAGAAGUAUUUGGUAUGCAUGAAAAUGUGGAUAUUUCAAAAGAUUUACAAUCAACAAAAUUAUUAUUUGAUUCUAUUUUACUAACAAUGGGUACAACAAGUGCAGAUGGUGGUGAUGCGGAAAAAAAAUUAAGUGAUAUUGCAAAUGAUAUAUUAAAUAAGUUACCAAAAAAUUUUGAUCUUGAAGAAUCCAUGAAAAAAUAUCCAACACAAUAUAAUGAAAGUAUGAAUACAGUACUUGUACAAGAAAUGGAACGUUUCAAUAAAUUAAUGUCUGUUGUACGAUCAAGUUUACAAAAUUUAUUAAAAGCAAUUAAAGGUCUUGUUGUUAUGAAUCAAGAGUUGGAAUCAGUAGCAAAUAGUCUAAUGAUUGGUAAACAACCGGAAAUGUGGAUUAAACAAAGUUAUCCAUCAUUAAAAAGUCUUGGCAGUUAUUACAAUGAUUUAUUAGAAAGAAUUAAAUUUUUAAGAACUUGGUAUGAUAAUGGCAAACCUCCUGUUUAUUGGAUAGCUGGAUUUUAUUUUACUCAAGCAUUUUUAACCGGUGUAAAACAAAAUUAUGCAAGAAAAAAAACGAUACCAAUCGAUUUGUUAACAUUUGAAUUUAAUGUUUUAAAAACGAUGAAAUCAGAGACAGCACCACCCGAUGGAGCAUACGUUGUUGGAUUGUAUUUGGAUGGUGCAAGAUGGAAUCAGGAAACUGGUCUUCUCGAUGAACAAUACCCGAAAGUGUUGUACGAUGCCGUUCCAAUCAUUUGGGUUAAACCCAUAAAAACAGAUGUUUUUAGAGCAGAAGGUACAUACGAAUGUCCUGUUUAUAAAACAAGUGAAAGACGAGGUGUUCUAUCAACAACGGGUCAUUCAACAAAUUUCGUUAUGCCAGUUUAUCUGCCCACGGAUAAACCACCGGAACACUGGAUUAAGAGAGGCACUGCUAUGCUUUGUCAAUUAGAUGAUUAG